AUGGUGUUUGGUACUCUAUAUACGACUCCUGGCGACCAGCCACGUACCAUCGCGAUCAAGGCCGUCGCAAAGUCGAGGAAUUUGGAACUCAAAAUUAUUGAAGAGCCCAGGAUCCCCGAGCACCUUGAGAUCAGCAAGCUCGGCAAGGUCCCAGCCUUCCGCGGUGAGGAUGGCAUGAAACUUUUUGAGUGUAUUGCCAUAGCCAUUUACAUUACCUCGCAAGACGAGAAAACCACUCUUCUCGGGAAGGAUAAGCAUGAGUACGCUCAUAUUCUUAAAUGGAUGUCAUUUUUCAACUCAGAGAUCAUUUACCCCCUCGUCGAGCAAUAUCUUCCCCUUGUCGGCAUCCGGCCCUACAACCAAGAGUCCGUUGAUACCUUUGCUAAGAUGGCCCAGGCGGCCGUGUCUGUUGUCGAGGAGCACCUAGACGGCAGGAACUUCCUCGUUGGCGACAGCCUUACUCUUGCCGACAUCUUCUGCGCGGGUAUCAUCACCCUCGGCUUCCAGUUCUUCUACGGCAGGGCCUGGCGUGAGGCGAACCCCAACGUCACUCGUUGGUACCAGAAUAUUAUCAGCCAGCCCAUCUAUUCCGCUGUUACUGAGAAAGUUGAGUUCCUCGAGGAGCCUAAGCUGACAAAUGUACCACCCAAGAAGGCGGAGGGUGUGAAUGGGCAUAGCUCGGGGGUUGAGGCUGCGUCUGCUACAGCUUAG